UUGCAUUUGUUUUAUUUGGUUGGCAACAAUCGCGCAACCAUAGUGCAAAAAUACAAUAAACAUUUGUUUUUAAACACGUUUCGCUAUACGUAACGUACCUUUUCCGAUUUACCGGUUUUUUAAAACUUACAUUUUAUAUGACUAAAAUAAAAAUAAAAAAAAAAUUGACAUCCAAUUGUUUGCGUUAAACGGAACGUUCGAGUGAAGGAGCGAGACGACGACAUCAAUACGCUGCGAGAAAGAACGAGCUGCAAGAUUUAGUGACGUGUGUGUUGUGUCAUUCGUUAAUUUGCCCCCGCGCAACGGAGUUUCCGGAAGCAUUUCGGCUUUGUUAGCCAUUUUUUUUAUUGUCAUUCUAUUGUUUUAUUGCGUGUUAACGUAUUUAAGAAUUUUGGAGUUCAUAUUGUUAAAAAUACUGUUUCAACUGUUUAAAUUUAAUAGUUCUAUUGCAAAUUUGUUACUGACGUAUUUGGGUGGUUUCAAUAAUGGAGCAAGGAAGCGAUUUAAAAGGCCUGGUGGCCUCCCGAAGCCAUGUAAAGAGUUCCAUAACUCGAAUGUAUAAUUACGCACGGGAAUUACAAGCGGCGCCAGAUUCAAAUGAUGAGAAAACGGAAAACGUGUUCGAGGUUGAAGGCCGAUAUUAUGACAGCAUAACCGGGCAGCAGCUCUCGAGACCCUCGGAGAAAGCGCGCCAGCAUCUUCUGUGCGCCGCAACAGCCUAGUAGCUUCAAAAAAUAAUGCUAAUAAAAAUAAUUAUGAUACCAUAAAGCCCAUUAACUGUUCUACUUCGUGACCAGAUUCCGGUUGUACCUGGGGAGCUAUUCCUGCAAAACACACGCUUCGGCUUUGUGGUCGCCGGGAAGGUUCCUGCCUACGCACCUACAUCUUCAUGCUUGGCUUCUAACUUUUGCACAACGCAAUCUAACCUCUCUGGCACAAGUAACGAGUUUAUUCAACCUCAUUGUCACUUAGACAAAAUUGUUUCACAGUUCUGGCAAACAGAAAAAGUACCUGAAGUUUAUACUGAAGGGGAAACUGAACAACAGUUAACUGAACAAAUAUUUAAAGAGUCUGUUGUUUUACAUGAUGACAAGUUUGAGGUGGCUUUACCUCUCAAACAGGAUAUCAAUAAAUUGCAUUUGGGUAAUUCUCUUUCAUGUGCAUUGAAACGAUUUCAUAACUUGGAAUUAAGAUUUAAAAAGGAUGACACUUUAUUUAAAAACUAUAAAGCAUUUAUUGAUGAAUAUGUAGAUUUAGGCCAUGCCAAAUACAUAGAUGUGUCUGAAUAUGAUUUGGAGGAACAGGCAGUAUUCUUUUUGCCUCAUCAUCCAGUUUUCAAUGAAAACAGUUUAACUACAAAAUUAAGAGUAGUAUUUGAUGGUUCAAUGCAAAGUUUGUCUAAAAUUUCACUUAAUGAUGUCUUAUUAAAUGGGCCUGUUGUGCAGAAUGAUCUAUUUAGCAUUCUUAUAUUGUUUAGACUUUACAAGUAUAUUUUAAAUUGUGACAUUCAAAAAAUGUUCAGAUGUAUAAACGUGACUCCAUCACACCGCCAAUUGCAAAACAUAUUGUGGAGGCCGGCUUCAGACAGUGCUAUACAGUGUCUGCAACUUCAGACUGUCACCUAUGGUCUAAAAAGCUCCUCAUAUUUAGCCACGCGUUGUUUGGUUGAGUUAGCUAACCGGUAUAGGGAUCAGUUUUGCCUGGCUUCCGAUGCACUAUUGCAUAAAACUUAUGUUGAUGACAUUUGCUUAUCUGAUAAUGACUUAGGUCAACUUAUAAAAACAAGGGACGAACUUAUUCAAUUGUUAAAAAAAGGUGGCUUUUCACUGCAUAAAUGGUGUGCAAAUGAUAAUUCAUUGUUACAGGACAUUCCAUUAACUGCUCAACAUAAAGGUGAUGUUCAUUUUUCAGAAAAAGAUAACAGUGUUGUCAGGAAUUUAGGUAUAAAAUGUAAAUUAGAUGAUGACACACUUGUAAUAAGUUCUCCUGAACAAAAUUUAUUAGAUAAAUACACCAAACGUGAUGUAUUAUCAUUUGUGAGCAAAAUAUUUGACCCAUUGGGACUGGUUGGACCUAUUGUUGUUAAAGCAAAACUUCUAAUGCAGCAAACAUGGCUGUCUAAAUGUAAUUGGGAUUCUCCUUUGCCCGACCAGCUCAAUCAGGAAUUCAAAACUUUUGCUGACCAUUUAACUAAAAUGAAUGAUAUUGUAGUUAAAAGAAAUUUAAACACUUGUGAAGCCAAGUCAAUUGACAUCAUUGGGUUUGCCGACGCUUCUAAUAAAGCCUAUGGCUGUUCACUUUAUAUGAGAUCUGUUGGUGUCAAUGAUGAGGUUACGGUGAAUUUAUUAUGCUCUAAAUCUCGGGUGAAUCCUAUAAAAGAGUUGAGCACACCUAGAUUGGAAUUAAAUAGUGCAUUGUUACUUGCUAAAUUAACUAAAAAAGUGUAUGAUAUAAUAAGUCCGCGAUUUGAUGUUAAUGUCUACCUAUAUGUUGACUCACAAAUUGUUCUGGCAUGGUUAAAAACCAAUCCUAUAAAACACAGUGUAUAUGUGGCUAAUAGAAUCAAAUGUAUUAUUGAGUUGACAGGGAAUUUCUCUUGGUAUUAUGUAAAUACUUCACAAAACCCAGCUGACUGCCUGUCUAGAGGCGUAGAACCGCAUUUAUUACAAAGUCAUGAUCUUUGGUGGCAUGGUCCCACAUUUUUAAGCCAGCUGGAUUUUAAUCCUGUGUGUGAAAAUGUGAAGUUACCUAAAGAAAUUCCAGAAUUAAAAACUUCACAUGUAAUUUCAAUAACUGAGGACUUACCAUUGUUUAAUAAUUGUUCAAACAUUGAUAAAAUGAAAAGAAUUGUUGCAUAUAUCUUUAGAUUUGUUAAAAAUUGUAAAAGUAAGAAAGAGGAUAGGAUAUAUGGUAAUUUAAUGCCUAAAGAGUUGGACUUUGCUUUAAAAAUCAUUCUUAGAAAUGAACAAAGAAAGUUUUUCAGUCAAGAAAUUAAUGUUUUAAAAUCUAAACAACCUUUAUUGAAGUCCAAUCUUAAAGCGUUAAAUCCCUUUCUUGAUAACAUGGAUAUACUCCGUGUAGGAGGUAGGCUCCAUUAUGCUGAUAUUCCAUAUUCAAAAAAGCAUCCCAUUAUAUUGCCUAAAGGUUCUAAAAUAGUUCAUUAUUUAAUUAAAAAGGAACAUGGAAUAUUAUUGCAUGCUGGACCCAAGCUUGUUUUGACUAAUUUAAGUCAAAUUUACCACAUUGUAAAUGGUAUAAGAGAAGUUAAGCAUGUCUUGCAUAAAUGUUUAAUUUGUUUUAAGUUAAAGGCUAAGAAUGCUGAACAACUUAUGGGUUCACUUCCAUCUGACAGGGUCAACCCUUGUAGAGUUUUUGAAAAAGUAGGUAUUGACUAUGGGGGCCCAUUUAAUGUAAAAAUGUUACGUGUUAGAAAGCCAGUUAUACAAAAGGCAUACAUACUUAUUUUUGUUUGUUUCAUAACAAAAGCUAUUCAUGUAGAAUUAUGUACUGAUUUAACUACAGAUUGUUUUCUAAAUGCUCUUAAGAGAUUUAUUUCUCGAAGGAAUAAACCUUCUAUUAUAUAUUGUGAUAACGCUAGUACCUUUAAGGGAGCACAGAACCAAUUGUAUAAUUUGUAUAAGUUGCAGUCUGACACAAAUCACAGAAAUGCUGUUGAAUAUUUCACAGCUGAUUCAGGCAUUAAUUUUAAAUUUAUCCCAAGUUAUUCACCAGUUUUCGGUGGUUUGUGGGAAGCUGGCAUUAAAAGUGUUAAGCAUCAUUUGAAGAGAGUUGUGGGCAAUACUGUUCUCACAUAUGAAGAAUUAAACACGGUCAUUAUACAAAUCGAAGGCAUAUUAAACUCUCGUCCUUUGACAGCCUUGCCAGCAACUGACUCCAAUGAGAUGUCAUAUUUAACACCUGGUCAUUUUUUAACAGGUGCUCCAUUAACUUCUUACCCUGAGGGUGAUUGUACGACUGUUCCCAUUAAUCGUUUAAAGUUUUGGAGAUUAUGUACUAUGGGGUUUUGUUCUUGUUUCCUUUAA